AUGCACGAAGUCGGGUUCUCGCCUGCGAUGGGUAUAAAAGAUGAUACCCUGGGCUGGAGAGACCAUCAGUUGUUGCCUGCUUAUCCAACCUUGGAACACGACACGGCUUCUGACGGCAAGAAGAAUAUCAUCAGGAACGGGGCACUUUUGGUUGUCCUCUGCCUGGCCUACGUCGCCACCGCUGCCCCCAACAAGGAAGAAGUGGACCAACAGGCUGACGAGCAGUUCCUCUACUCCCCCUACGGCCUGGCCCGAUCCUACGGAUACGCCGCCUACCCGACCUACGCCAGCGCCUACUCCUACCCUGCCUACGGCUACAAGACCUACUCCUCCUACCCGGCCUACACUCCCUUCUACGGUGGCUACCGCUACUAUUAGGAGAAAAACCUAAACACACACACACACACACACGGAAAAGGGGAAACUGUUGCUGCCAAAAAAAUAAACACGCCCGGAAAAACGUCGUCCAAACAGCAGCGUUGAUCUCGAGACCGAAACCGAUCCCGGACUAUAUCUGCAAGAAGAAGAAGAAGAAAAAUUUCAUCAUCACGAGAAGAAGAAGAAAAAUGGCGUUCGCGUACAAAAAAAAGAAGAAGAUUGAAACAACUUUUUUUUCGGGAGCUUUUGUCGAACCGAGAUUAAUGCUGGUUUCAUGAUGGGGAGAAAUAUUGUCUUUCAAUAGUGAGAUUUUUAUCCCUUUGACAAAUCCUUCGAGGCAUUUUUUUUGGGACCUUAUUGCUGGUGGAUCAAUAAAGAAAGAAUCAGCUUCUUUUCUGGCUCUGCUGCAAAGCUAAAAAAACGAA